GUGCCCUCUCCCAAAAUGGCCGCAGCUGUUUCCUCCCGCUUCGCAAAUGGCGGCUGCCCGCCCCGCCUCCUGUCGCGUCGUUUCCGGGCGGCCUCUCUGCGCGCCGAUUGGAUGAGAGCGAAGCUCGCGCUGCGUCCUGAGUGCGGUCCGGAAGCGGCGGCGGCUCCACGUGGGGCAGCGGCUGAGCGAGCGGGCGAGGCAGCGGCGAGGGCGGGGGAGAGGGGUGAAGCGGCCGCGAUGGAGCGGGCCGGGGGGGCGGCCGCCGCCGCCGCCGCGAGGAAGAAGGGCAGGCGGCCCCAGCGCUACUGGGAGGGGGAGCCGGGCGCAGCCGAGGGCCAGCGAGCGGCCCAUCCGGAGACCAAGAAGGCCCGGCGGCCGAGGAGGACGGAGCCGGGCGGCGAGGGGCAGAUCUCGGGGAAAGCGGACCCCUUCCCCGGAGCCGCCGUCCCCGUCCCCGCGGAGCGAGUGCAGAAGUUCCAGCGCGGACCCCCGCAUCAGCUGGAGGCCGUGUCCAGCAAGCGGCUGAAGCAACGGCUGGCCUCGCAGGAGGAGAAGGCCCAAGCCGCGGCUCGCCAGGCGGCCCGGAUGGAGUUACUGCUGCUGGAGGAACCCGGGUUUCUGGAAGGGGAUGAGGAUGAGGACACCUGCACCAUCAUGCAGGCUGAUAUUGCUGCCGCAGUGGACCUUGCAGCAAGCGCCAAGCACUUCGAGUUGCAGCUGGACCGUUUUGGCCCCUACCGGCUGAGCUACACGCGGAGCGGCAGGCAUCUCCUUCUGGGGGGGCGCCGGGGCCACGUGGCGGCUCUGGACUGGCACACGAAGUCCUUGAUGUGCGAGAUCAACGUUAUGGAGACCGUCAUGGACCUCACGUGGCUGCACACUGAGACCAUGUUCGCCGUGGCCCAGCGCAAGUGGCUGUACGUUUACGACAACCAAGGGGUGGAGCUGAACUGCCUGAAGCGCUUCCACCGCAUCCGGCGAAUGGAGUUCCUCCCGUACCACUUCCUGCUGGCCACAGCGAGCGAGACAGGGUUCCUGCAGUACCUAGACAUCUCAGUGGGGAAGGAGGUGGCCACCAUCUGCACUAAGGGAGGCCGGCUGAUGGUGAUGGCCCAGAACCCCUCCAAUGCCAUCAUCCACCUGGGACACAGCAACGGAACAGUGACGCUCUGGAGCCCCAGUGCCAAGGCCCCGCUGGUCCGAAUGCUGUGCCACCAGGGGGCCGUGAGGGCUGUGGCAGUCGACACCUCUGGGAGCUACAUGGCCACCUCAGGACUGGAUCACAAGCUGCACAUCUAUGAUCUCCGGGCGUACCGGCGCCUCCACUCUUUGCUGCUGCCCUGCGGGGCUGGGCUGCUGGAUUUCAGCCAGCAGGGACUUCUGGGGGCCGCCUGCCAGGAAGUGGUCCAGGUGUACAAGGAUGUCUCAGCCUGCCCACCCCAGAAGCCCUACGUGUGCCAUGUGCUGCCUGGCCCCUCCCACGGCCUGCGCUUCUGCCCCUUUGAGGACGUGCUGGGUGUGGGGCACGAGCAGGGCUUUGCCAGCCUCCUCGUCCCAGGUGCUGGGGAGCCGAACUUCGACACCUUGGAGAACAACCCCUUCAGGGGCCAGAAGCAGCGGCAGGAGUGGGAGGUUAAAGCACUCCUGGAGAAGAUCCCACCGGAGCUGAUUUCCCUGGAUCCUGGGCAGCUGGGCCGGGUGGAUGCCGUUUCCCUGGAGCAACAGCGGAAGGAGCGUGCAGAGAGGCUGGGCUACGACCCCGAGGCCAAGGAGCCCUUCUUCCCCCAGCGGAGGCUGAAGGGCCGGGACUCGGCAGGCGGGCGGCUGAAGCGAAGGAAGAAGGUGGCGGCCGAGGAGCAGCGGGCCCUGAUUCAGAAGAGCUUGGCUGCCAAGGCAGAGACGCAGCUGGCACCCUCCAAAGCUGGAGCCCCCGCAGCCUGCAGAUCAGCGCUGGAUCGGUUCCGGAAAUAGCGGGUGAAGAAGGCUGGCCAGGCUCCCCGGCACUUGUGCAGUGCACAAGAGGAUCAUCUGAAUGGGGUCCCUCCUGCCAAGCUGCCUUAAUGGGCAUGGCUCUGGGCACCAGCUGUCACUUUGUGCUGGGCCAGUUUCUGGGCCAGCCAGUCCAUGGACCUUCCCUGAAACUCUUGUGGGGUUUAUUUGGGCUCCAAGUGUUGAGUAAAUGCACUGCUGUAAUUUGCA